CGAGAAACGUUUGUUCGUGCGCAAUUUUCUCCUAAACCGGCGGGCGGAGCGCCACCAAACUUGAGCAGAUAUGAUAGUCAAGCAUUACUGCGCCGGAGUAUUGAAUGUCUGGAUGUUUGGUUCUUUCUCGCCUUGGGAAUGAGGCCAAUUCGGUACAAGCAUAAAGGAAUAAACCAAAGGUGACUGGCGAGCCAACUGUGGCAGAGACAGUAGGUCGAGUGAGGCUUGACGCAAAGUUCACCAUUGACGACGCUUGGAGAAUGUGGCGAGCCAAUUGCGGCAGAGACAGUAGGUUGAGUGAGUCUUAGCAGCGAUGACUACCGUCGACGACGCUUGGAGAAUGCGUUGAGCCUUUCGCAUUACCCAGAAUUCCAUAUUCAACAUGAAGACGGUCGGAGUGGAAGAAAUUACGGGCAUAUGGCCUUUACUAAAAUCGAUUGACUGGUUCUCGGAGACAUGGCUCCAAGUCCUAAUAGCCUUUCAUAUCCUCUGCACCAGUAUGAUCUACCUCGGACGCAAUAAUGUCGGCUGCCAAGUGUUCUUAUUCCUUGUGCUUUUACUGACUGUUCGGUUAUCAGAGUAUAUAAAUGAAUGGGCAGCGACAAAUUACAAAUUAUUCGCCACGGAGCAAUAUUUCGACAGCAAUGGUUUAUUUAUUUCAACUAUUUUCUCUGUGCCAGCACUAUUCAACUGCUUUUUUAUAGUGAUGAACUGGAUUGCUGAUACGGGCACUCUCCUAGGCAAAGUCAAACGAGCGAAAUAUCGCCAUGAAUCGCGGCAGACGCGGACAGAGCCGGACACACAGGAAGUGACAUCGGAGGCUGAGGUUCAAGAUGGGAACAAAAAAGACAAUUAGAUGCCGAGUCGACGACGAGAAUAAUUUUCAUCCCAAUUUUUUGUCGGUUGUGAUUGUCCAGUCUGUAGAUCUUGGAAUCAGAUUCCAUGUUUUUUCUUCAUUGUGCAUCGAUAUCUCAUAAGAUUAUUGGCCGAUUUUCGGCCUUUGGUUUACGAGUGGAAUAUAUAGAUUUGCACUGGUCUGAGCACUUUAGAUUUUUGGGUUAAAAAUCAUUGAAAAAAAAACAGCACGUGUCUUUUUGCCACGUUUGCAGUGUUGUCGUGUUUUACAUGUCAUAGUCAUCCGAGAAAAAAUUCCCGAAAAAUGGAUGGGGGGGAUGGGGUUAUCGUAAAUAGGCCUUGUGGGCAGUUGAUUGUACAUUCCAGUUGUUGAAUUGAACACUUUCCAAUAUCUUUGCUCCACAAGGUCAAAUCUUAUCUUGCCAAAGAUAGCCCUGGUUGGGUAGAAUAUUUAUAAUAUAUCCAUUACUAAUUUUAAUAGAUUUAUUAAACUUUUGUUCUCAUUUGAAAUCUUAUUUUUUAAAUGCUUGUUUUUUUAGCAGACAUCUGGUCUUGAUUGUUCAAACUUAUCUAGAAGUUUUAUUUGUAAAUUCUUUUAAAUGGCACAAACAGCUUUAUCAAAUUUCAAUCUUGUCAAUUGUAAUAUGGUAGAUGUAACUAACUUUGAAUAUGCUAAUUUGGCUCCUCAAAGGGACAACUUGGUCAUGGAAUUUAGGUUGCCAGGAGGAUUAUACCCCUACUCACUUAAACUUUUAGAAGAGUCAUUUCUAGUAUCAUUUGUUGUGAAUGGCUUUGUACUUGAUAUGUCUCUGAGAAAAAUAAGUCAUUGUCGUGUUUCCAGAUAGAUUUCAUCAAACUUCUAAUCGUCAAGGAUUUUUCAAACUGCUGUUCUUUCCACCUCAUAAAUUGCUGUUGCCCUAAACCUCUUCCAGCAGGUUAUUUGUGCCCUGGAGUUUUCAUAAGUUCACUCAUUGGUAGACCACCAUCAUCAUCUUCAGGACGGUAUGUAAGGCCCUAUUUUCCUGGCAUUGCCUUUUGGAAAAAAAACCUCACUGAUUUGAUAAUUUAACCCAUUGAUUAUCACUUUCUCUCAUACUUAAAAUUACUCAUUUAAUUUCGACGAUCUUGACCUCCAAUUAGUGUAGUAUGGACACCCUCAUUCAAAACUUCAGAGAUGUAAUCAGAAAAAGCUGGACUUAAAUUUAAAACUUCAGGGUUUAAACUUCAGCUGCUAGUUCAUCUUGAGCAGAAUUCUGGAGGCUAAAAGCCAAGUCUGUUUCCCACUGGUGAAGUAUUAUGUGUUGUACAGUAGGAAAUUGUUUUAAAAAACGUGGCGAAAAGCAGUUUGACUGUAAAGUAUGUAUACUUGUGUCUUUAGACAGUGAGGAAAAUAUCAAAAGUAAAAUAAAAGCAA